AUGAUGAUGAGUUCAUGGAUGGUCACCGAGGAGAACAAUCGUCGGAUCUUGAAGAAGAGUGAUGUUGCCGCUGCUGUUGCUAGGACUGACGUCUACGACUUCCUGGUGGACAUAAUCCUCGGGGACGAGAUGAAGGAGGUGGGAUUCGCGCUUCACAGAGCCGGGCAGCCGCCACCCUUGGGGGCUCCGGCUGGCGCAUACCCGUAUUACUACCCGCCGCAGCUGCAGGUGCCAGGCGCAGCAAUGGGGCACGGUGGCCAGCAGGUGCCGCAGGGGCAUCUGCCGCAUGUGUGGAUAGAUCUUCAGGAAUAG